UUGAACAUUGUGCUACAAGCAAUGAAUUGUUUAUCAAUGAUGUAGCUUUGGUUCACUCCAAAGUAACUCAUAGAACAACUCAAGUUGCUUCGUUUGUAACAUUUUAAACAACACACAUUUAAAAAAACAACACAUCUGCUGCAUCCAAUGAUUCUGCCAGUCCAUAUAUCGUCUGUUUCCUCUGUGGCUAAGUAUGUCACGUUCUGUCACAUUCGUUGUAGCUCGCAGACUUCACGCUUGGUUUAGACAUGUUGGUUGGGAUACAGCCUCUCAGAGUUCUACAAUCAGAGAAACCAGCCUAGAGUUGUUCAAACCAGAUUAACACAACUGCAAUCCACAAAUUUAAUGCAACUUUUAAGUGUGAAAAAACAAACAAUUCAAAUAGUUAACUAGAUAUAGAUCUAAAUGUUUUCGUAUCAUUAUGUGUUCUAAUUUCUUAUACUUUCAACUUUGACAUCUGAUAUACGGUGGGGCGGAGAGAUCUGGUGUGAAAAAAAGACAAAAGAUAGUUUAUACGCAUUAAAGCUAAGAUAUGAAUCUGUUUUAACGCCUAGUAACCUUUCUUUGUGCUGUUGUUGAUUUGCGGCUUUGCCAGAGGAAAUCAGUCUGCCACUUGUACGAAUUUCCAUGAAUCGACAGGAGAUGGAAAGUUUAAGAGGCGAGUUGACAUCUCUGUAUAAGAAGCAAUUUAUGAAAUUAGAUGCAGCCGACUGCGCCGGGAAGGACACUACUCGGAUGCGCAUCCAGCUGUUGGAGGCCUAUGUGAAAGAUUUGAACGAACAGAACGAGAUGUUAGUUCAAAUGGUCGAGGAAGUUACACAAGCAAAGGAAGAUCUGAUCUUCAGAGAAAGACAGAAAUGCCAACAAGUGCAGAAACUAAAAGAAUCGUUGUGCUGCUGUCAAGAGGAACUUGAGGCUGAGAGAGAGGCUGUCACUAGCUGCAAUUGUGAGAUCUCGGCUUUAAAGAACGAGAACUGUCGAUUACAAAGAUUAAAUGAUGAAUGUCAAAACGAGGUUCGGCUGCUCAACGACUCAGUGUCGGAGCAACAAUGUCUUAUCAACAAAGCUCACCAGAAGAUCUGCAACCUUGAAGAGCAGCUGAGUUGUUGCCAAAAUGACGUACAACAAUUGGAGCAGAUGUUAACCAGUACUAAGUGUGAGCUGGACCACGCUCGCUCCACUAUAAGAAACCUCGAGUGCACGGUGGAGGGACUCAAAGAUGAUCUUGCACGUGCUGAAGAAAGGGAAGACAAUUUACAGAGGAACAUUCAGAAAUUAUCUCGAGACAUUGAUUGUUUGAAUUCAGCUUUAGAGCAAAAACAAAACGAAACCUUGAAUUUAGAGAAUCAAAACUCGGACUUGACUCGAGAACUGCAGAUCGCUGAGAAGAAACUGUGCAACUGUCACGAGGAGGUCGAGUCUCUGAGAUGUAAAAACAGUUGUCUGAUGGAUAAGUUGAACUGCUGUGAAGAAAGUAUAGCUAACUUGGAAUGUGAAAAACGGGAGCUUGAGGCCUGUUGUAAACGUUACCAAGACACGCACUCUUAUUCUAAUGCAGAGUAUAAUCACCUUGAAGAUGAUUUGAACAGCACCAGCUGUAAGUUGAAAGAAUGCAAAUGUGCCCUGGAGGACAGGAACCAACAAAUCACGGAACUCAACCAAGAGCUCUGUUGCACGAGAGAGGACCUGGCCGAGACGGAAGAAAAGCUCAGAUUUGCUACCAACGAGAUAUGCUGUUUUAAAAAGAAACUGGCCGAUUUGGAACGGGAGCUAAUGGCCUUGAAAGAAGAGGACUGUCAGCAAUCCGACGAACUAAGCAAAGCUCACUGUAAGAUUCAGAGUCUAGAACACACCAUCAGAUGCCUUGAAAAUGAGCUCAAGGCUUGUACAAAUACUCUGUCUGAGCGAGAGAAAGAGAUCUGUAGCCUAAAGAAUGAACUUCGAGACGCUAGAUGUGAAAUCAACGAACUGAAAAGUUUAAACCAGGGUCAGGAACGUGAGAUUUCUCAACUAAGUAUCGAUAAUGAAAAGUUGAAGUCAGACUUAUGUGAGGCUUGCAACAUGUACAACUCCUUAGCAAAGAGAGCAGAAUGUUUAGAAAAAGAGUUGUGUAAUUGUCAGAAGAAAGUCCAACAACUUGAGUGUGACCUCCAGGAAAUGUCCAAGCAAUUAGAACAAGUGUGCAGUGACAAGUCCUAUUGUCUCAAGCAGGUCAAUAAGCUAGAGAUGGACCUAAGCUCUGCUUGUAGCGAAAUGAGAGAUUUAAAUAGCCAGCUUGAGGAGUACAAAUUAAGACUGUGUCGAAAAGAUGAAGACUUGAGAGAGGCAGAGGCCGAGAUUCGAAGCUUAGACAACCAAAACCAAAAACUAGAAUGCAAGCUAAAAGAUUGCGAAGAUCGCUCCAGAUGUUUAAAAGAACAUUUGCAGAACAUACAACAGACGGCGUCAUGUGAGGAUUCCAGGUAUCAACAAGAAAUUCGAAGAUUGAAAUGCGACCUUGAGCAAGAGAGUAACUGCAGGCGAGAGCUGGAAUACCAGAUCGCCAGCAAGGACCAGCUGAUCAACUCCUUGAGAUACAAGUGUGGCUGCAAGUGACAUCAUAACUCCAGUUCCAUCCAUUUAAACACAUUUUGUUUCAUUUCUGCACCCCAGAAAAAAAGAAUUUUUGUCUUUAUUAUUGAAAUACUUGUGAAAUUUCCCAAACUUUACUACUCUAUUUAAGAAAAAGAAAAGCAAUAUACUAAUUUUGAAUGUUUGAUCAGGCUAACUAAACUAGCACUUAAUUUACUGUCACUGUGUGACUGGGUUUUUUUUCCUCGAAUUGUUUAUUUGCUGUAAAUAAACGCCGAGAAUCAACAUUGUUCAGUAUCGGAGGAUAUUAUGAUGAUAAUAAUGUUAAAAUGUUAAUAAUAUUAGUAAAAAUGGCAAUAUAACUCUUCAUGAAAGAGUGGUAAUAGCAAAUAUUUGUAGUGUCUCACUAUUAGUGCUGUAGCAGGUCUACUGUUGAGCUGUUAUAGUAAAGCUGCAUGGAAUUGAUUUGAACAUCUAUCUCGAAAGAAUAGCACCAAAAGAUUUACACUGUUGAGAUGUUAAUCUCCACUACAUCCUAGGCUGGUAUGUGUAAUCAUCGUGACACAAUCUAUUGGUUACUAAUAAGACUAAGUUCACUUAGUAUUGAACGAUUCAUUUAAAUUAUAUCUUUUAGAAAUACUCCCUGACAAUUAUGUCCACUAACAAAAUGUUAUGAUGUUUUCUUCACAAAUAUUCAUGAUUGUAAAUAUGAUACAUGCUUAGAUUUAUGUCUAAUGUUUGGAUAUUUUAUUAUUAAUUUGGGUCAAGAUGGGGCCUGGCUAAAUGUAUUCUGUCAACAAUUUGAAGGAAAAUGUCAAAUAUUUUAUCUUUUGAAAUAAAACUUGAAAAGAUAUCUCAAAAUAAAAUCACCAUUACUCA